GUCUGAGCGUGGUGGGCUCGGAGCGUGGCUUUGGCGCACGCACUGUCGCUUAGCUACUUUUCGCAUACUUACCACCAGCCACACAUGGAUAUCGGCAGCAGAGACAAGAUCCUCACCGACGACGAGAUCUCCUGGGAGUCGCGCAAGCUUGGUGCCCUGUACGGUUUCAGCGCUCUGUUCGUUGCCUCGGUGUUUGGCAGCCGCGCCCUGAGCCUCGGAAGCAAAGCCAAUGCGUUCUCAUCUGCCGCAACCGGCGCCGUUACUGGGUACAUGUGGAGCGGAUUUACCCGCCAGGCGUACGAAAAGCGACGUCGCCAGCUGAUCGAAGAGUCCCAGAAAGAGCAGCAGCCAGGUGCAAGUGACUCUGUUUCAAAAUAAAAAAAACUACAGUAUAAAUGUCUAUGACACAAGCAGCUCUUGGCAAGGCA